CUCCUCCAAUUCCCUCCCUUUCCCGCACACAUGAAUACCGUAGAAAUACUGUAGACGUCAUCCCAAAAUUUCGAUCUUUUUUUUUUUGUAUCGUUUCCCCGUUCGAUCGUAACUCGGGUCGCUGCAGGGUUGACAGAUGCAUGAUGGACUCAAUGGAACUCGGCGACUCGCCUCGUUCGAACUUGGAGACAACGGGCCCUGAUGUCGCAAUCGAUCACAAUGGAGUAUUAACGGCUUCUUCCUCCACUGAAAAUAUGAAUAUGGGUAUUAGCGCCGAGAAGUUAGUUAGAAGCUUCCACACAAGCACCAAGUUGCCUUCUGGCGCUCCGGCUGAGCUUUCCCGGAAGUUGAACGGUUCAGCGUCGUGUGAGGCAUGUGGGCGGCCGGAAGCUGAGGGUUGUGUGGUUGUAUGUGAUGGCUGUGAACGUGGGUUUCAUGUUGGUUGCUUGGGAAUGCUGGUGGGAGAGGCCGUUGAGUUGGAGGAGUGGAUAUGCGGGAAGUGCUCCGACUGUGGAGUGCGGAGUAAUCGUUGGAAUUUGGGAUGGAGGAAUAAAAGGAGGCGCGUAGAUACUGAUUCUGUUUUGGAUAUCACUGGAACCCCUCGGAGUGAAGGGGAAGGUGAGGGCUGCAAGGAUUCAUUGUUAUUCAGAAAGCACAUUCCAGGUGAUAAUCCUUUUGGUGGAAAUCUAUUCGGGCUACCUGUGGAAGUUACAAACUUGCAGCAUUUUAAUAACAGUUUUGGCUCUCAGGAAGCAACUGAUACUGUGAAACACCAGUUUGUGCUCCCAACUUUGGGAGCUGUAGAUUCCUGUUUGAAAGGCCUCAAAGGUGAAAAUAAUUGUACAACCAUGGGAUCAUCAACUAAGGAUCUGAGUGAAAUGUAUUUUCUGGCCCUUAAAGAGUAUCUGAAGGAAGAACAACAUGUACUUGUGGACGGUUGGCAUGUGGAAUUUGAGCAUAACUCAGCCGCUAGAGAGCUAUGUCCUGUUUAUGUUGCUCCAGAUGGUAAAAGAUUAGGGUCAGUUUCAGAAGUUGCUAGUUAUCUUAAAUCAAUGACAACUAACAUGCCUACAAAAUGUGGAACCGGGAAAUAUGAUGAUGGGCUUCCAAUUCAGUAUGGAGAUUUCUUUGUACUUUCAGUUGGGGAAGUUGAUGCAAGACAUUCUUAUCAUUGUAGGAACCAGAUUUGGCCUGUGGGUUAUAGUUCCUGCUGGCAUGAUAAGGUCACAGGUUCACUUUUCAUGUGCCAUGUGCAGGAUGGUGGUGACUCUGGACCAUUGUUUAAAAUCAAAAGGAGUCCAUGCUCUGCACUUCCUGUUCCAAAUCCAUUGCAAGUCCUCUAUCAAACAAAACAUGGCCACUCUAAUGGCCAAAAUGAAAGAAGUGAUGUUUUGGCCUCUCAGUCUAUGGAUUAUGAGGAUUUAACUAUUAUGUCAAUGCUUGCAGAACCUCCGGCACCCUUGGAAAAUGAUAUUUUGUCCUGUCUUGUUCAUAGUUCUGAUGAUUAUUUGGACAUGCAAGGAUCACAUGACGUGCUGACUGAGAAAAGUCCUAGUAAAAGAAACCAGAGUUUAUUGUCUGAUUGUUCACCUUUUGGGCAUGAUGCUGACAUCUUUUCUGUUGAAGAGUCCUCUUCUGCUUUGGCUUGGAGAGUGAUGUCCAGAAAGAUCCUGAAAUUAUUCCGUGAAAUAUAUACCCAGACAGGUGUUGUUAAGUUCUUCUGCAAGCACAUCUUAGACCAGUCAGAAUCAUUUUGCUGUGAUGUUACAAAUGAAGGAGCUGCUGAGAAGUAUGCUCCUUUAGCUCGGUUUUAUGGUCUACCAACCAUAGUCAACAUUCCUUAUAUUAUUCAAGCUGAUAUGCAGCUUGAAGUUGUGGCUCAAGAAUUGCUGAAGUGGCUAGAUCAAGACAGAUUUGGCCUUGAUGCUGAAUUUGUCCAGGAAAUCAUAGAACAAAAGCAGGAUGUUAGAGACAGUUUUGGUUAUGUCCCUUUGAAUCAGAGGAGUUCAUUCUCUUCAUUUAUUACUGUUGGAAAUAGUCUACUUGAGGGUAGAGCUGUAGAAGUUGAAAGUGAAGAUGGCAGAUGCCCAUCACACGGUUUAAGAAGUUCUAAUAAAGUGAACUCUAGGACUGAGGAGCACUUGUCAGACACCCGCUCUCUUCCUCCCGGGAGACCUUUUAGCACCAAGAUGCCUCCCUUGCUUCUAGGUGACACAAUUCAGGUGUUGCAGUUCUUUUGGCGUUUCCAUGAAGUGUUAGGUCUAAAAAAACUGCUUACAUUUGAAGAUAUUGAGGAAGAACUUAUCAAUCCACGGUGUCAUGGAGUGGAUCUUCUUGAGAAGGUUGGUGGGGAAAUCCAUGAAAAGCCAUUUGUAAUCCCAAACAAUACUGAUGGUGCCAAAAUGCACAUUUCAAGUUACAAAUCUGGUCCAGAAGUAGAUGUAGAAAAUCUGCAUGCAUUUGUCCAAAUGGAAAGAAAAUCUAUGGAGGAAGCUUCUCCAAUGAAACUGGAGUUUAUUAAUUCUAGCAAAUGCUCAGGCUCUGCCUUGACUAAGGCUAUUAUCUCUACGUUGCAUGUUUUAAUAAGUGAACUUCAGGCAAAAGUUGCAGUAGUUGGUAACCUGAACUUUGAUAUUGGUGAUUCUAGAAAACGUGGCAGAAAGAAGGAUUUUGACCAUGUGUCUAUUACCAAAAGAAACACACUAUCUAUGCUUCCUUAUAAUGAACUGACAUGGCCAGAAUUGGCUCGGAGAUAUGCUUUAGCUUUCUUAUCAAUGAAUGGUUACUUCGAAUCAACAGAAAUUACCACUCAAGAUACUAGUGCACAAGUUUUCCACUGCUUACAAGGUGAUGGUGGUGCAUUAUGUGGCUCUUUGACUGGUGUAGCAGGAAUAGAAGUAGAUGCAACGUUGCUAGCAGAGGCUAGAAAGAGAAUUUUUGGCUCAUUGGAUGGAGAUGAGAGGGAUAACCUAGCUGUAGAUGAUGAAGACUCUGACAGGAAAAGCUUGGAUGAGUCUGUCACAGUAAGUGAAAUUCCAGAUUGGGUUCAAGUCCUUGAGCCUGUCAGAAAGCUCCCCACAAAUGUAGGUGCAAGAAUAAAGAAGUGCAUCUAUAAUGCACUGGAGAGAAGUCCACCAGAAUGGGCUAGGAAGACCUUAGAGCACUCCAUCAGUAAGGAAGUGUACAAGGGCAAUGCCUCUGGGCCUACAAAGAGAGCUGUUCUGUCUGUUCUAGCUCAAGCACAAGCUGAAAAUGUUCCACACAAGCCUGUUAAUGAAAAAAAGAAAAAGAAGUUCAUAUCAAUCUCCAGCAUACUUAUGAAGCAGUGUCGAGUUGUGCUCCGUCACACAUUAGCUGCUGAUCACAGAAAGGUUUUCUGCAAUUUGCUAGGCAAGAGGACAAUGAACUACAACAGUGAUGGUGGUAUUAUAGGGACUCCUGGCAUGGCUUCUCGUCCUCUUGAUUUUAGAACAAUUGAUCAGAGAUUGGCAGUCAAUGCCUAUGGUGGAGUGCACAAGGCUUUCUAUGAGGAUGCAUGUGAGGUAUGGAGCAAUGUGUUUAUUGCUUUUAAAGAUCAACCAGAUUUGCUUCAGUUAGCAGAGAGCUUAGCAAAUAAUUUUAAAUCUUUGUAUGACAAAAAAGUUGCAACUCUAUCCCAGAAGUUGGUAAAUUGUCGCAAAUUAAAUUCUGUGGAUGCUAGUUUACAGAAGGAGAUAGAGAAUAUUCUCACUUGCAGCGAAAUUCCAAAAGCCCCAUGGGAAGAUGGCGUUUGUAAAGUAUGUGGUAUUGACAAUGAUGAUAAGAGUGUUCUAUUGUGUGAUGCUUGUGAUGCAGAGUAUCAUACUUACUGCUUGAACCCCCCGCUUACUCGGAUUCCCAGUGGAAAUUGGUAUUGCCCUUCAUGUGUUACAAAUAAGCAAAUGGUUUCAGAUGCAUCCACUGAAACAGCAGUUGUCUGCCCACAGAAGAAAAAAGAUCACAGCAAAUUAACCCUUGCCUACAUAGAAGCGGUGGCACAUCUGGCAACUGUACUGGAAACAAAGGAGUAUUGGGAGUUUAGUGUUGCUGAGAGAACUAACCUGCUUAAGUUCCUAUGUGAUGAGCUUUUGAACUCAGCCCUCCUUCAUGGGCACCUAGAACAAUCUACGGAAGACUCUGUUGAGUUGCAACAGAAAUGGCGUUCUCUUUUGAAGGAAUUAAAAGUGUUGAAGUUAAGAGAAAAUUUUCUAGCUAGAAAAGCUGAUGAAGGCUCUCUUACAGUUGGUGAGCAUGAUGUUGAAGUGCAAGAAUCUAAUGAGACGGUUACAGGUAAUGAAAAAUGUAGUGGAUAUCUGCACACUUCGAGUCGUAGUGGAAACCAUAUCAGCGUUUCGAAUGAUGAUGUGCCUUUGUCAUCUGGGGAUGGUCAGAAAUGGGUUGAUCCAAAUGCAUUCUUUAAACAUUUGCCAGCUGAUUGCUUAGAGAAUAGUGAUUCGGUUGACUGCCAAUCUUUUGAACCUAUGGAUGCUGAUGAUGCAGAAGGUGUUUCUCCAAUCGCUGGUGAUGGUCAGCUAAAUGAGAGUUCUUUCGUUAAUACUACUUCCUCGUUUGGCCAAAAUAUGGAUUUGCUUUCAUAUGAAGAAACAAAAGGCCUGAAAGGAGAAGCCACCUAUGAAGAUAACUUUGAAAAGCACACUGGAAGAAAUAUGAAUAUUCGUAAUUCUGAGGGCGUAGAUGGACAUGAUGCUUCAGUAGACAAGGCUGCCACCGAUCUUAAUGCUCAUUUGUUCACCACAAGCACGGGCACUGUGAGAGAUGAGAUUUUACUCAUGCAAAACUCCAUUACCAGUUUACAGAAACAAUUGCAGAAAGUGUCUUUGCGCAGUGAGUUUCUAGGCUUUGAUUCUGCUGGAAGAUUGUAUUGGGUUGUACCAAUGUCAGAUGCUAAACCUUGCAUAAUUGUGAAUGAGAAUGUGGAACUGCAUGAGGGAGAGAAAAUAACUAGUGGUUCAAAUGCUUCACCUCCUUUCUGGUGCAAGGCUUAUGACGGCAACUCAGUUCAGUCUUGUUGGAUUUCUUAUGGAUCUGACUCUGAAAUUCAAUUGCUUUUAGAGUUUCUGAAAGACAAUGAUCCACUGGAAACACAAUUGAAACAGUCCAUUUUGCAUUGGCAGAAACAAAGAUAUAAUCUUCUUCCUCAAUUGUCUGAGUUAAGCUUGCCCCAUGAAGUCUUAGAUGCUAAUCUUGCAACUAGAGCUACCAGCCUCGUAUUGGAGGCGAAGUACGGUUCUUCCAUUGAGGCAGAAGCCACAGAAUUCUUCAAGAAGCAGGAAAAAGGAGGAGGCAUUGCAUUUGUAAGAGAUGGAAUAAUCUACAGAUGUAAAUGCUUAGAACCAAUCUUCUCAUUUAAACGCCAUUACAAGUAUUGCCACCAAACGUUGUCUCAUGUGCAGGAUACGUGCAUAGGGCGUGAGAAGCCGGUUGAGAUUGAUAAUACUACUUCCAAACAGAAAGGUAUGGUUAAACUAACAUCUAAGGAUGAAUACAAAGGUGAAGUUGGGAGUGUUGAUCAACCUGGAAGUGAUUAUUCCAAAAUAUCUGCUCCAAGUUUGUAA